AAAUUUUCUUACACUCAGUUGGAAUCAUUUCGUGAAGAUAAACGGAUCGCAAAAAAUUUUAGCUACCGUCAAAGCCGAAAAUUGAAUCUGAAUUCAUAAUUUUGAUAAUUUCCACAACUUUUGUGUGAUAAAAAAUUUAAAACAUCAAAAUAAUCGCAGUAAUCUGUGAAAAAAAAAUUAUUUUGUGUUUUUUUGUUCUUGUGAAAAAGAAGAAAAGUUUUUUAACGAAAAUUUUGUAAAAUUUAUUGUGUUUUCAAGAAUUUUUGGAAUUAAAUUCGCUCCAGCAUCAACUCAGAGACUUAACAAGGCAUAUAUCACUUCAACGAAGCGUAUCUUGAAAAUAAUAAAAACUUCGCAGUGUGAAAUUUGAGAUAUAAAUUUCUAACCACAAAGUAAAUAAAGCUACAAACAUGAUGAAUGGAAGUCAAGACCAUACAAAUGGUGAUAUUUUAUCACAAAAUCAACAGAAAGGAUGGUGGACAAUAGGUCUCAUAAACGGAGCACAUAAAUACAUGACGGCAGAGACAUUUGGAUUUAAGCUUAAUGCCAACGGUGCGAGUCUUAAAAAGAAACAGUUAUGGACAUUGGAACCAUCAUCUACCGGAGAAAGCAUAAUCUACUUGCGUUCACAUUUAGGAAAAUAUUUAUCAGUCGAUCAAUUCGGCAAUGUCCUCUGUGAAUCAGACGAACGCGAUGCUGGAAGUCGAUUCCAAAUCAGCAUCUCUGACGAUGGAAAAUGGGCUCUUCGUAAUGAAUCUCGUGGAUACUACCUUGGCGGUAAUCCAGAAAAAUUAACAUGUACUGCAAAGGCACCAACUUCAACUGAAUACUGGUCAGUUCAUUUAGCUGCACGUCCCCAGGUCAAUUUACGCUCUGUGGGACGCAAACGAUUUGCACAUUUAUCAGAGUCGCAAGAUGAGAUUCAAGUCGAUUCAAAUAUUCCAUGGGGCGAAGAUACUCUGUUCACUCUCGAGUUUAGAGCCGAAGAGGAUGGAAAGUAUGCAUUGCAUACUUGUAACAAUAAAUACUUGUGCUACACUGGAAAAUUGGAUGUUAAAUGCACAAAAGAUUGUCUUUUUAGUGCUGAGUACCAUAGUGGACAUUUAGCAUUACGCGAUGUUCAUGGAACAUACUUAUCACCAAUUGGAUCCAAAGCCGUUCUCAAAUCUCGCUCAUCAACAGUUACCCGUGAUGAAUUAUUUUCACUUGAAGAUUCAUUGCCACAAGCAUCAUUUAUUGCUGCAUUAAAUAAUAAAUAUGUAUCAGUUAAGCAGGGUGUCGAUGUAACAGCAAAUCAAGAUGAGAUCGGUGAUAAUGAAACAUUUCAAUUGGAAUAUGACUGGUCAGCACAUCGUUGGGGCUUAAGAACAACACAGGACAAGUAUUGGUGUUUAUCGACAGGCGGCGGUAUUCAAGCUACUGGCAUGCGUCGAUGUGCUGAUGCACUUUUCGAAUUAAUUUGGCAUGGUGAUGGUGCCGUCUCAUUCCGUGCAAAUAAUGGAAAAUUAUUGGGAACUAAACGAUCUGGCCAUUUGUUUGCUACUUCCGAAAAUGUUGAAGACAUUACAAAGUACUACUUCUACCUUAUCAAUCGUCCAAUUUUGGUUCUUAAAUGUGAGCAAGGUUUUGUUGGAUAUCGCGGUGCUGGAAAUGUGAAAUUAGAAUGCAAUAAAGCUAUGUACGAGACAAUCUUAGUUGAACGCGGUGACAAAGGAAUGGUUCAUUUCAAGGGACACAAUGGCAAGUACUGGCGUAUUGAUGGCGAAGGUAUUAACGUUGAUGGUGAUGGUCCAGCUGAUGGAUUUUAUUUGGAAUUACGCGAGCCUACUCGCAUCUCAAUUAGAUCACAAAAUGGCAAAUAUUUGGGUGCAACAAAGAACGGUGCAUUCAAGUUAGUCGAAGGUGGCGCAGAAACACAAUGGGAAUACUAAAUAGUCGAUGACACAUCCUGUAGAGACGAAGAAGAGGAUAAAAUCUCUUGAAUAAAAUAAAAAUUUACCGUGUAAUGUGACAACACACUCACCUCAUAAAUGUUCAUGGAUAUUGAAUCAUCACCAUUAUAUUUUAAGACUUCCAUAAAAAGAAUUGUAAUACACUCAGCUUUUGAUACUAAAAAAAUAUUUAAUUAUUGAUAUUUUUUAAAGGAACAAGAAAAAAAAAGAUAAAAAUUAUUGAUAUGACUUACACUAUCGUAGAUGUGUAAUAUCUUUAAGCAAUUUCCAGCAUAUUCAUCUUAUAUACAUACAUAAAAAUUACAUAACUUAUAUCAAUUAUUAAUUCAUUUUCUUUUUCGAAUUUCCAAAAAAGAAUAUCACUUAAUCUUAAGUCUUUAACUUUUUGACAAGAUUUUUGUUUUGGAGGAAUGUGGGAAGGUUGAUGGGUCAUUAAACAAACUAUUCAAAAGUGUAUCCCUUAAAGUACAGUUUACCUAAACUACCAAGAGUACACUUAAGUUAGGUUUAUGAUUAAGUUUUGACUGAAAACCUGUUAAAUCCUUCCUGUUUCCAACUUAAAGUAAUCAAAACAUUGAUAUAACUUUAGUUAUCAGUAAACAUGUCAAAUAUCUUACCUUACAACCCACCUACGAUAUACACAAUAUUGUCUACACCAAUGGCAUAUCCUAAAAUACAUGAAUAGAGAACCCAUUCAACCCUUCCCAAUAAUAAAUUUAAAAAUUAUUCUAUUAGAAAUUAUUAAGGAAGUAUUAAUGCGACAAUUAAUUAAAUGUUAAAUGAAAACUUGUGUUUUGUUCUUCUCUCUUGAAAAAAAGGUAAGUUUCUGUAGGAUAUUGAAUGGAAAUAGUGAGAUAAAAUAUGUGAUUUGAAGUUUAAGUUGAGAGAAUUAAAAAAUUAAAUGAGAUGUUGAAUGAGUUUAUGAUAAUUAAAAUAUAAUUAAAAUGUGGUUUAUUACAAUUAAUUAAUUAAUUAUUUAAAUAAUGAAUAAUAAUAUUAAUUAUGUAGACAUUUUUUUGUAGUAAAAAGUGCUUCAUUUGCUUGAGAUUUACUUGGGAAUAUUGAAAAAUGUGUAUCGAUAGAAAUUUUUGUAAUAAUAAUUAUGGAAUUAGUCCUGAGUGGUGCUUUUGUAAGAGCAACAGUUGCGCUCAUGUUGUGUCUGUUUGUUAAACUUGAAAGUUCUGUUUUUUUCUUCAUAAAAUAUGUUGCACAACAGUUGCAAACACCAGGCUUUUGUAACACAACAUUCAAGCAACUGUUGUACCACAAAAUGAACAUUUUUUGAAAGAUUUUGUCAAUUUUCAAGAGUAUCUUUCCAUAUCCUCUAAAAUCAUCACCGUCAAGUCUAAAAUUUGCGACUUGAACUAGCUCUCGAAAAAUUCUUGGCAACGUAUUUCCAAGGAUAUCCACUCAGGGAUAAUUCAAAAAUACGGUAUAAUGAGUCAGAAAAUUUAUUUCUAAUCUAAGUGAAUCAUCUGAUGAUUGCUGCCAAAAAUUACACACAACCAUAAUUUAUGAUGACAUUUCUACACUCACUUGUCUAUUCGUCCACAUUUUUUUCUACAAAAAAAUGCACUUUUGUAAUUUUAUACUGAGUGAAUUAAAAAAUUGAUAAAAUAUUUGAAAAAAAAAAAUUAUUUAUUAUGCAAAGAUUCAUGCUGAUUAUUAUCAUAUGUGUGUCCUUCCCGCCCUGAAGAUUAAAAAUUGGAACAUUUUUUAUGUUAAUUAAUUUAAAAUUUUU